UGUUGGCAACCAUGAGUUUGUUUACAUCACAGUAUAAGGAAUAUUGUGAUAAAUAUAAAAUAAAAUAAAUUUCCCGCUUAGAAAUUGCUAAUGAGUUAAUAUUAAUCUAUACACUAGUAAAAAUAGACACAAAUUGUUAAGUUAUGAAUACGACUUCAGAAAGUGUAAAGAAUUUAUUAUUUCUAACAAAAAAUCAGAAAUAUGAUGACGAACUUUACGGUUGCUUAUUAAAAUUGAUUCCAUUGGGUAAAACAGUGCUAGUCAUCACACGUUCAUCAGCAUCACCUGAACUCUUACCAUUAAUGGAAAAGGCAGGAAUGAAAGUGCACAAAAAUAAACAAAGUUUGCAGCGUUUGUUUUUCAUAUGUUGUGAUAAUAUUGAAGGUGUAAUUAAAAUAUUGUUUGAUUUACACAAGUGGGCCAACAAACCUCAUAUAAUUGUAUUGGAUCUACAUGCAUUUGGUUGUUGGGAAAAUGAACAAAAUAAAUAUUUUGCACAUGAAGGGUACAAAGCAUUUUCAAGAGGAUCUCUAUUGAAACGUUUUAUGCUAUGCUUUGCUGUAUUGUUUAAUAAUAUGAAUAUAUUAAACAAAGUGCUCGCAGACACUGUAGUAGACGGUGACAAAAAGUCGUUAAAUAUAUUUAGCAUUGUGGUAUUACCGAAGUCUAGUACACUAUUAACAGCAUCGGAUGUAGACCUUAUCAUCGACAUGUAUUAUUGUAACAAUACAUACGAAGAAUUUGCAGACAUUUUCCAAUUGAUAAACUCAACAGCUACUUCCGAUCAAGCGCCAGAUUAGUUUUAGUUUAUGCAUAAAAGUGAUAACUAAUAUAGAAUUUUAAUGUAAGUUUACUAAUGAAAAGUGUACGUGUACUUAAACCAUAAUUAAAGUAAAGUUUCCUAUAAUCCAUGUUGCUUAGCGAAAAUAAUGUAUUCAGUGGACAAAGUGAUUUUUACAUUCAUAUUUAUUUGCCAUAAUAUAUUUAUGUACACAGUUUUUGUAAUUAUCAUUUCAUAGCAUAUUAUCGGCAACUAAAAUCCAAACCGUUCUAAAAAUUAUAAGUUUUAAACUCACUUGUAUCUUUGCUUAGAGAAAGAACUAGAUCAGCCGCAUAACUAAAUUGACGCUUUAUUAAGCAGCAUUUUUAAUUAAGCCACUAGUAAUUGGGUUGGGUCCACCAGAAGAGCUGAUAUUUUGUAUGAUCGUUGCUUGGAGAAAAUACAUUUGCUCAAUUAUGAAUAUGUGCUUAUGGGUCAUAUACGAUAUACAUAUUUCAAUACAGUUAACACAACCCGCUCUUAAUUUCUUUAUUUUUUGUUAAUUUUGUAUAGCUUUUCGUUUCAAAAUAAAAGCGUGCACUAUAAAAACUGCGUUUUGCUUAAAAUCUUGUCUUGCUUUGCAAGCGCUCACCGAAGACUGCACAUACAGCACUAAUUUUUAAUAAAUUAUGUGUUAACUUAAUGCUAUGCCAUAGGAUAUAUGUAUCUAUAUAUGUGAAUUAAAUCGAGUUUGCAGCAAUGCGAAUUCACUUGAAUAAAUGUAGUGUUUAUACACAACUAACUAAAGUUAAAUAUUAUAAUGCAAAUCAGUACGCGCCAUGUCACUUUACGUUGUGCAAAAGAAAUUAGAACAAAAAAUUUACGCUGUAACAAGAACAGAAGAAACUAAAAUGUCAAAUUGUUUCUUUGAUCCUGUUGUUUUCGAAGUUGCCGGUUUUUUAAUGUGUACACCAACCACACUUGCCAUGUUGAAAGUUUUGCAUUUUAUUAUAUUUUUUUAUAUUGCAUACUAUUUAAAUAUGAAUGCUUUAGUAAUAGUAAUAAUAACUACAUUUAAUUUUUUGUUUUAUUUUAUGAUUUCUGUUUAACAUUAGAUUAUCAUUGUGGAGUUAACUCGCCACAAUGAUGUUUUCUUACUAUUCAAUAUUUCAAAGCAGCAGCAACAAAUUUCUGUUUGAUGAUGUUUCUUUUUUCUUUAGAUUUAUGUUUAAAUUUAUGAUUUAUUAUAUAGCAUGAUGUGUCGUGAUUAUUUAAUAUUUUCUGUAUACUUUGUAUUUGCAUUUAACUAUGUAUGUAUGUUUGUAUAUAUAUUAUAUAUAUAUAGUAUAAAUUAAAAAUUUUGAUAUUUCAUCCUUGCAUUAGCAAUUCAUUAAAAAGUUCCUUUAUUUUUUUUCCCCGGUGUGUGAGUGUGUUUUUUUUGUGGGUUUUAUGUGAGUGAUAUAGAUUUUUAAAAUAAAAAUAUCCAAUUUUUGUUCAAUGAAUGUUUCAUUUUUUUGUAGUUUUUGUUGUUGUUUGGAACAAAAGAAAACUUAACUAUUAGUUACAAGCGAAAUUAUCAACAUUAUUUUAGGCAUCUACUACAUACAUCUGUAAGUAUAUCGCAUACAUAAUAUUAUUCAACGAAAAGCCAAAAGAUGAACGCAAACCAAUCGAAUAAUUCUAUUUCAAUUAUUUGUAUAUAUUUUUUUUUAAUUCACUUCGGUAAACGUGUUACAUUUUAACCUAGGUUUUUUUUUGUAUCUAUUACUAGUUUUGAUUGACAAAACCGUGUAAUGUUUAUGUUAAGAUAAAAACUAUUUUUUGUUUAGCACUAAAUCUAGUGGUGAAAGAACUUAUUGAUAAUUUUGUCACGACUCCAAAAUAUUUUGACUUUGACUCUGUUUCGUACGUUACUCGUCCGAAAAGUGCAUCCAUCUACUAUGUAUAAUUUUAAUUUUAUUCAAUAUUGUUUUGCUACUAUUCAAUUAUCAAAAAUACAAUUCAUUUUUCAAAUCCAUUUUCUUCUAUUAUGCAAAAGGAUAAUCCAUUUGAUUUUUCUUUUCUUUUUUUUUUUGUUAAGGAUAUAUUCAACAUCAGUGAAUUAAACUUUAUUUCGUUUUUAUGGUCAAACCCGUGGACAAUCACUUGGCAUUCGUGAAUACUAUUAUACGCCCUUAAUUCAUUCUACGUCCCCCAUUUAUUUCUUUGUUUUGUUUUUUUUUUUUUAUUUUUUGUGUGUAUUUCUAAAACUUUUCCCUUAAAGGAGUGUGAACGUGGGAGCGUACACUCCUUCUGUUUUCUGUUUAGUUAUAGGAAAGUAUUUGUUAUGUUGAACGCUGCUUUCACUAUUAGUUACUAAUUCAAAUCAUUUAUCAUUAUUAUGUAUGUAUAUGUAUCAUUCAUCAUACUCCAAAAAGCCCCAUAGAUUUUCGUCAUAUAUAAUUUUUUUAUAAUUCGGUUUAACGGUUUUUAAUUCCAUCAUUUCAACGAAGUAUUUGUCAAAAACAAAUUCAAUGCUUAAAUGCCCGCAAAUAAUUUUAAUUGAAAUUUUGGACGUUCUA